GUUCAGAGCACCGGGCUGGACAGUUUCUGCAUGGCAGAGCAUAGACUGGAGGCCGCUUCAUCUCCCGAAUUGUCCAGAAUGGCCAAAAUAUGACAAGCGGAGAAUCUGCCUGUCUCCCGGGAGAUCCAGAAGAUCACAGCGUGCUCCCUUGCCGGGAGACAGCCGGGAGGUGUUUCCGCGGCAGGGAAAGCCGAGGCGCUGCCGGGAGCGGCGCGGGCUCGCCAUGGUGACGCCCAGGCGCGGGGACAGCGCCGGGCCCGGGCACAGCUCCCCGGGCUCAGACACCUCCCUUGGGACCGGAGUGCCCCGCACGGCCCCGCCGCGCCUGGGGAUCCCCGGCCUGGCCGGGGCAGCGGGGGAGAAGCGCCAAGCGGGGUGAGCAGGACGAGUGAAGCCAAUGGACAAGGAAGAGGAAAAAGUUGCCAGUGGGGAAAAAGAUCACAUGCCCCCAGAAGAUGAGAGAAGCAGUACAGAGGAAUGUCUUUCAGAGGCCAAGGAGAAAGAGAAAGGUAUUGUGUAUGCUCUACUAGAACGUGUUGGGGUCUUUUCAGGAGGAUUUGUCAGCAUUUUAUCUGUUGUAGAAACCCAGCACGUCAUCAAAAAUAUCCCGUGGACCACGGCUAAAAACUUCACAGUGCAGACAGGAUGGCAGCAAAUUGAAGAACUAAUUUCUACGUGGGACAUUCAUGAAAGCUGGCUUCACCACUCAGAAUUUCUUGAGGAAGAAGAACUGAAGGACAGCAAGAGGUACCAUUACAGAGUUUGCUGGGGCCUCCCAACACGCAGAAAACCCAUCCCACGAGCAACAGCAAGUGUCUACUUUGUUAUAGUGAUCUCCAAAUCCAAACCUGACACUGAACCUGUGGAGGUCUUCUACAGACUGGAGUCCAGCAGGCUAAUUCGAAGGCCAGAACAGUGCCAGUUUAGAGAAAAGUGGCUUCAGGACAUAAUUGAAAAUAAAAUAGCGUGCGCAGAAAGACUUGCUUCCCGAUGAACAGCGCCAAUUCACCAUUACCAAUACUCUGUUGUGGAGAACCAAAUAAACAUGUUGAAGAAAGAAAAGCUCUUCCUUAGCAGCAUUUCUACUUUGUGGAUAGAUGAAAAGCAUUGAACCUGUGCAAAAUCAGCUAGGCCCUGACAUGGCAGCUGGCUGUGUGUGACAGUCCCUGGCAGGUGUGGCAGGG